UAACAAGAAAUUUUGUAGUUUUGUUUUGACUUUUGUGCCCUCAUCUGGAAAGCACCGGUAGCAAAUUGAGGAGGAGCAAAAGGCAAAGGAAAGAGUAAUGUCGGGGGUUACGGGCGGCUGAUGGGCAUUUCUGGAUAUCCAAGUCCUAUCUGCCGAAUCCCCAGAAUAUAUUGACAGACAGAGCAUUUGAUUAAACUAUGAAUGAUAUUCUCCUACACGCCAUUCACCUACCGCUUCCUUGCUACUCAUCUUCAGAGUUUUAGUUAGCCAAACUGUAAAAUGGACUAUGAGGAUCCCACUGCAGUUAGAAAACUUCAGAAGGCUGGUCGUGAAAAACAACGAAGGUGUCGGUUGAAUGAGCAGUUCAUUGAAUUGGGAAACACACUUGAUUCUGAUAGGCCAAAGAAUGACAAAGCAACCAUAUUAAGUGACACAGUUCAGUUACUCAAAGAUUUGACAGCUGAAGUCGACAAACUUAAAGCCGAACAUGCAGCCUUGAGCGAUGAAUCUCGUGAGUUGACCCAAGAGAAGAACGAUCUUAGGGAAGAGAAGACAGCAUUAAAAUCAGAUAUUGAUAGACUUGGUGCACAAUGUCAGCAGAGAGUUGGUCCUGCAGCUGCUUAUCCAUGGGUUGCUAUGGAUUCAGUUCUUCAACAUCCACCUUCUUAUCCAUAUCCUAUGCCAAUUCCUGGACCAAUCCCAAUGCAUCAUAUGUCUAUGCAGCCGUACCCAUUCUUUGGCAGUCCAAACCCCGGAAUGUAUGCCAAUCCAUGCUCUACUUUUAUUCCUUACAUGGCCCCGAAUCCUCCACCUGAACACCCAUCAACCCAAGAUGUUUCUCCUCCCUUGCAGCCAGGUAGUAGAACCCAAGUUUCAGCUAGACAAGGCAUUGGAACUUCUUCGGAUAAGCAUGAGAGACAAGUUAACAGAAAUGAAAACUCCUCUGAUGUCCCAACAAACCUCGAGCUCAAAACUCCAGGAUCGACUACUGACGAGAAUACAUCAUCACGAGAUAAGAGCCGUAAGAGAAGCAUUGCAGCAGACGGGAGUUCUUUGAGUAGAUGUUCGUCUCAUAGUGUACAGGAUAGCUCAUCAAGUAGCAUAGUCGGCGGUGGUGGUGGUAAAGGUAAUGACUGAUGGCCACGAGUAAUUUGACUGUUAUAGGAAUUCCACACCAUUUUAUUUGUAACUCGGAUCUCAGUCUGCCUAACACUGUCAUACUGGAGUAUCAGCCCGCGCUAUGAUUAUUUGAUUUCUUAAUUCACUUCCGGAGAUGGAUCAUAUCAUUACAAACUACUGUUGUAGCAACCUAGUAUUCACUACACACUUUGGUCUGUGACUUCAAUUUAUAGUUCUGGAGUUUGUACAUGUUGCAGCUCAGUUCAGCAGCUGUUCAAAUGUUCUGUACAAUAUGUGCUGGUUAUACAAAGGCGGUCGCCAAUUUAAAUUUCCUGAAA